AGAAGAGGGAGAGAGAGAGAAGGCAAAUGUUCCCCCAGCUGUUUCCUGUCUACAGUGUCUGUGUUUUGUAGAUAAAUGUGAGGAUUUUCUCUAAAUCCCUCUUCUGUUUGCUAAAUCUCACUGUCACUGCUAAAUUCAGAGCAGAUAGAGCCUGCGCAAGGGAAUAAAGUCCUCAAAAUUGAAAUGUGACAUUGCUCUCAACAUCUCUCAUCUCUCUGGAUUUCUUUUUGCCUCAUUAUUCCUGCUAAGCAAAUUCAUUUUCAGAGUUUGUACUUCAGAAGCCAUGGGAAAAAUCAGCAGUCUUCCAACUCAAUUAUUUAAGUGCUGCUUUUGUGAUUUCUUGAAGGUGAAGAUACACAUCAUGUCCUCUUCACAUCUCUUCUACCUGGCCCUCUGCUUGCUCACCUUUACCAGCUCUGCCACAGCUGGACCAGAGACACUCUGCGGGGCUGAGCUGGUAGAUGCUCUUCAGUUCGUGUGUGGAGACAGGGGCUUUUAUUUCAACAAGCCCACAGGCUAUGGCUCCAGCAGUAGGAGGGCACCUCAGACAGGCAUCGUGGAUGAGUGCUGCUUCCGGAGCUGUGAUCUGAGGAGGUUGGAGAUGUAUUGUGCCCCUCUCAAACCUGCCAAGUCAGCCCGCUCUGUCCGUGCCCAGCGCCACACUGACGUGCCCAAGACUCAAAAGUCUCAGCCCCCACCUACCAACAAGAAAAAGAAGCUUCAGAGGAGAAGGAAAGGUGGGCCAAAGACACGCCCAGGAGGGGAACAACAGGAGGGGACAGAAGCAAGUCAGAAGAAGAGGAAACAAGAAAGAGCAGAGAAGGGGGACUGGAGCUAGGAACUGUGAACACAGAGGCAAAAACAGGAAAAUGGAGGAGAGGAGGACUAAGCAGACAGAGACAAGGAUGAGAGAGGAGCAGACAAAUACAGAAAAGCAGGAAAUACUAUAGAGGAAAUGAAGAAAAGUAGCCCUGAUGGAGCUACAUAAUGCAUGUUUUGAAGUAAAAGUAAUCUGUUAUAGAAUGUGACUGAUAAACAUGGAGAAAGCAUAAUGCUUGAGAAAGUGCAAAGAAAGUGACAAGAAUGGAAAAAAAGAACAAAGAUUAUAAGAGACCAACAAGAUACACCCUUCUUCUUCUCUCCCCAAAUAAAUAAGAGUAAAAGAAUUCAGAUAAAAA